CCAGUGCAUGUGUCUGUCUCCCGAUCGCCUCUUGCGCAUGCGUGAGACAUCGCGACAAGAUUUAAAUUUAGCCGAGUCGCCGGAAUUUGCUGGCCUAUUUCGAUUCCGCCGCAAACGGCAAAUUUUAACUGACUUCAAAGUUCCCUUAUCGUUAUUUAUUGCCAAAUUAUCUUAAAAGUGGAUAAUUUAUAUGGUAGUGGUGUAUUCGGCCGCUGUGAUGUGUAAAGAGAGGACGCUAAAGUUGUGCGUGUUGACUAGGUUAUAAACAGCUGACAGAGAUGCGUCUAGCGUUUGUGAUAAGUGUUUUGGUGUGGUUACUAGUGUCAGAUUCCAUAACAUGUGUGCGGAUCCGCGACCUGCGUGUGCCGGCGCACGUGGCGGAGGGCUCGGAGGUGGUGCUGGGCUGCAUCUUCGACAUGCAGGGCCACCGGCUGUUCUCCGUCAAGUGGCUGCGGAACGGCAGGGUCUUCUACCACUACAGACCCGGCAGCGGCAGCUACAACGUGCCGGAUAUCAGGGCCUUCUCAGAUCAAGGAGUGUCUGUUGAUGUGUCGCGGUCAAGUAUGGAGACGGUCACGCUGCUAUUCAUGGGGCGCGAGUCGGCGGGAGAGUUCCGCUGUGACGUCACGGGCGAGGGCCCGCUCUUCCGCAAGGACUCCGCCAGAAAAAACAUCUCCGUCGAUCUGGUCCCUGAGAAAGAGCCCGAAGUGGCGGGUCUCCAAGACUCCUACGACGUGGGUUCCCCCGUCCUGCUGAACUGCACGUCCACGGGAGCUCGCCCCGCGAGUCGGGUGCACUGGUUCGUCAACAACAUGCAAGCGCAAAAGUACCACAUCCGCGGCCCGUGGUACCGCCGCUCGCUGCACCGGCUGGACGCGUUCGACACCACCGUCGAGCUGUCCUUCGGAGUGCGGGAUUCGCAUUUCUUAAAUGGGAUCAUGAAAUUAAAGUGUGAAGCAACGUUAGCGCCAUUAUAUCGCAAGGAGGUGGAGUUCAUAUACCAGAGACUUCCGCGGACCAGAGGAAGCGUGCUCGUGGAGACCUCAACUAAGUUUGCAGAGACCACCACUGAGGAACCCCGUACUGAAACCAUUACUGUGGAACUGGACGAGCCGCCCCCGCACUUGGAACCUUGGGCGAUCGAGACGAAUGAUGCAUCUGAUCCAGAUGGCGCCACGAUGGCGGGAUUCCCCGUCAAACUCUUAUUCCUUUGCAUUUUAUUAAGAAUAUUACUAUAAAUGUGUAUAAUUAGGUAUUGUGGCUCUAACUCUAUGUAUGCUCUCUCCUUUGCCUAGUUGAAACGAUAGUAUAUGAGUACAUCAUUAAGCAAAAGUACCAGUGCUUGCCACGCUAAAGUAAAUGUGUAUUCAACGGUGCUAUUUUUUAAAUACUAUUUCUUUCUAUUUCAUGAGCUCAUCCACAGCUCAUCCCUCAACUUUGAACUUAAAAAAGUAUUUUUUCCCAGCAAAUCCAUAUUGCAUUUAGCCGCGGCUUAACAAAAGGCCUAACAAUAACAAGUGAGCGAGUGAAUUUGCGGCGUAUACGAGGCGUUAGCAGUGCCGUUGCCGGCCAGGCGGCCUCAGAACGAUACACUAUUGACUUUGCCGUCAAUUUUUAGAGGCUCUUUGUCCUCGUGGAAUAAAGUCCCGAAAUUGCCUGUGUAUAUGAUAAAACAAAAAAGGUAUGGACGUUUAAAUAAAUUCAUAUUCAUCGCUGCAACAUAAAUAGUGGUUUAAUUUUUACCGUGGGAAUCAGUCAAUCUGUGUAAGAAUAUUUAUUUAUUUCUAGUGUCAAUUAAUGUUAUGCCUUUAAAAUUAUUUUAUAUAUAGAGGGGAUCUCGGAAAUGGCUCUAACAAUUAUGUUAAAAUGUGUUAAAAUAACUAAGCUCAGUGUUAUCUCUGAGAUAAUGGAUUUUUUUGGGUGUUUAUAAUUAUGUUUUUCGAGCAGAGCUCGGUGAUGUCUCAGAUAUUUAUUUUAGGAGAUGUGACGGCCAGACUUGUAUUUGUUUUGGCUUUUGUUAUCAUUUGUAUAAAAUAAACUUUUAUUAUAAAAA